AUCGAUUUCGCCCAUCUUUACUUCCGCCGAACAACCACACUCUCAGCUGUCAGCGUCACAGCAGCAGCGGUGUCAUCAAAAAGAUGCCAAAGCUUGAUGUUAUCAAGAGCGAACGAGUGUGGUGGAAGGAGAGCGUUGUGUAUCAGAUCUAUCCUGCAUCCUUUCGAGACACCAACGGUGACGGCUUCGGUGAUGUCCGAGGCAUCACUUCGAAGCUAGACUAUCUAAAAUAUCUUGGAGUGAAUGUCAUAUGGAUCUCUCCUAUAUACAAGAGCCCUCAGGUCGAUAUGGGCUACGAUAUCUCUGAUUACAUGGAUAUUGACCCCAUAUAUGGCAGCUUGACUGAUGUUGACGAAUUGAUCGCAGAGCUAGCCAAGCGGGAAAUGAAACUGAUGAUGGAUCUUGUCGUAAACCACACUUCAGAUCAGCACUCUUGGUUCCUGGAUUCGCGCUCAUCGAUUGAUCACCCAAAAAGAGAUUGGUACUUUUGGAGAAAAGGUAGGGUCGAGAAGGAUGGCAAACUCGGGCCCCCGAACAACUGGUGUCGCACAUUAGACACGACCAAAUCAGCCUGGCAAUGGGAUGAGAAGACACAGGAAUACUAUCUAUCGAUCUUCUCACCAGAGCAACCUGAUCUCAAUUGGGACAACGGCGAGGUUCGUUCUGCAGUACAUGACAUUCUUCGAUUCUGGUUGGACCGUGGUGUUUGCGGUUUCCGUAUGGAUGUCAUCGACCACAUUUCCAAAGUCCAGAGUCUUCCGGAUGCCAAAAAGACGAUCCCUGGACAGUACUACCAACCAGGCAACGAGUUCUUCGCCAACGGUCCCCGGCUGUAUGAGUUUUUGAACGAGAUGAGAAAGGUGCUCGACGAGUAUGACACAAUGACAGUCGGCGAAAUGCCAUUCAUCAACAAUGAGGACCAGAUUAUCGAAACUGUGGGACUGCAAGGACCACUCAACAUGGACGCCACAGACAUGAAGCGUAUCCAUGAGCGAACGCAGCGCUUGAUGAUUGACCGUGACGGCUGGAAUGCCAUCUUCAACGAGAACCACGACGGACCCAGAUCCAUCUCACGAUUCGCAGAUGAUAGUGAUGAGUGGCGUGCAUAUUCAGCCAAGAUGCUCUGCACCAAGGCCGCAACACUUGGAGGCACGGAAUACAUCUACCAAGGUCAGGAGCUUGGCAUGCGGAACAUACCUCCAGACUGGACGAUCGAAGAAUACAAAGAUAUCGAAUCUCAGAACUACUGGGCGGCUGCUAGCACGCAAUACGCAAACAACCACCGGAAGCUAGAUUAUGCACGCAAACUGCUUCAACUGAAAGCUCGCGACCACACCCGAACCCCGAUGCAGUGGGACUCGUCUCCAAACGGCGGGUUCUGCAAAGCAGACGUGAAGCCAUGGAUGCGAGUCAACGACGAUUACACUGCUAUCAAUGCUGCAGCACAGCUGAAAGACCCAGAAUCCGUGUUCGCCUACUGGAAACGUUGUUUGGAAUUUUGCCAGAAGCACAAAGACACCUUCAUCUACGGCGGUUUCGAAGUCUUGGAUCCUGAAGACAAGGAUGUCGUGGCUUUCGUGCGUUUCUCAGAGCAUGAGAGCUAUGUUACUGUCACGAACUUUACUGGCAAACACGUAAACUGGUCGGGACUCGGAGACGUCAAAGUCAAGGAAUGGGUCAUUGGCAAUUAUGGUGUCGACGAUCACAACAAGGACUUGAGUAGCACAGUCUACCUGAAGCCAUGGGAAGGUAUUAUCGGGAAGUGCUAG